UUUAAAAUAAGUAUGGCAACCCAUGAUGGCGUCCUAAAAACAAUAUGGCUGAUACUCUAGUGCGUUGAAGUCGUAUUUCUGCUUGUUGCAAAUUAAUCAACUUAGAAAUUGUUAGUACAACAUGGUGAAAACUUGCUGUAUAAAGUGGUGUAAUCGGGAAGCGUAUGCUGGUUGUGGAUCUUCAUUUUUUAGGAAGUUCCACCAGAAAAGCUGUCCUUUCGAUAGUGAUUCAAAUGAAACCAGAUAUUUUGUUGCAAUUAUAAUUUGGCAAUUAUUCAAAUUCUAUAAUUGUUUGAUAAUUCAGGGAAAAGAAAAUUUGGAGCCAACCCCAGGCACUUCAAUGGAACCUCCAUUUAAGAAAGCCCGACAAGAACAAGAUUUUGAAAAUGUAGUUGCCGAGAAGAAAAUCCUUCAAUAUAAAGUAAAAUUACUAUCUCAGCGCUUGAAGAGGCGGGAUAGUAAAAUUAAUAACCUCAAAUCUGCCUUAAAUAUUAUGAAGAAAAAGUGUUCUAAUUUUGAAGAAGUAGAAAGUGUGUUAGUUAAUAACUUCAGUAACAGUAACAGUAUGAUUUGUUAAAUAAAAUAUUCAAAUAACCUAGUCGUUUUUACUUUUAUUUUCACCUUAGACUAAACUAGAAACUGUACAAACCGACAAUAGGGUGGACAGUGGCAGAAGCAGUGCAUAUUGUGGUGCCUAGAUGUUUAUUCCUAGAUCGAACUCACUUUUACUAAACAGGUGUUAUUUGAUUCGAAAUUUUUGAUUGACAAUAUUUCUAAGAUUAGUAAAAGUAUAUUCAUGUAUACCCUGCACACAGAAAUAUCUCAUUCUCAAUAUUUUGUGCAUGUGAUUUGUAUGUUUGUAAAACCCCCCGCGA